AUGGCUUUCAUGGUAGUAAUUGCGAUCACUUUGAUAAUAGCUUUCUUCGUUUCAAAAUUACUUCUGUUUAAAGGUCAGACCAAAAAUCUCCCAGGAGGGUCUCUAGGGUACCCUUUGCUAGGAGAGUCCCUGAGCUUCCGCCGAGCACAGAAGCAAAACCGAGGCCCUCAGUGGUUCGAAGAAAGAGUUUCAAAACAUGGCCCAGUUUUCAAAACCUCCUUGAUGGGUUCACCAACUGUCGUUGUUACUGGUCAAGCAGGUAACAAGUUUGUUCUUGGUGGUAGAGAUGAUGUUCUUGCCACCAAGCAACCGCUCGCCCUUGCAAGCAUUGCUGGAAAAGAAAAUAUAUUUGAACUUACAGGAUCAAGGUACAAAAUGGUAAAGGGAGCAAUGAUGAGCAUCUUAAAGCCUGAAAUUCUUCAGAAAAACAUCAAACCUAUGGAUGAAUUAAUCAAGAACAUAUUGCUUAGAGAAACAAAGAACAAAGACACCAUAAAAGGAGUCGCCACCAUGAAGAAGCUCACAUUUGAAUUAGCAUCCAACAUCCUUACCGGCAUCAAGGAUGAGCACACGACUGAGGCUUUGUCUGAUGAUCUCUCCAUAGCCUUCAAAGCAAUUGCGACGAUUCCCUUCAAUUUUCCAGGCACAGUUUUCUGGAAAGGUCUAAGAGCCAGAUCAAGGAUUGUAAGUCGUAUUUUGCCAAUACUUGAGCAAAAAAGGGAGGAGCUUUCAAAGGGGAAGUUGAGCCCUACAAGCGAUCUGUUCACUUGCUUACUAACCCUAAGAGAUGAAAACCAAAAACCACUUUCUGAUGAUAUGAUUAUAGAUAAUUAUGUCACCUUAAUCAUAGCUAGUCAUGACACUUCAGCCAUCCUUCUGAGCCUAAUGAUAUGGAAGCUGUCCAGAGACUCUGAAAUCUACAAAAAAGUUUUAGAGGAACAAAUGGACAUUUUAAGGAAGAGGGAUGAAGAAGCAGAAGAUGGACUAACAUGGUCUGAGAUACACAAUAUGAAAUACACAUGGAGAGUUGCACAAGAGUUGAUGAGGAUGGUACCUCCUGUGUUUGGUAGCUUUCGGACAACAGUUAAAGACACUCAAUAUGAUGGCUAUGACAUUCCCAAAGGGUGGCUGGUGCUUUGGAUGGCACAUGGAACUCACAUGAACAAAGAUGUAUUUGAUAAUCCCAGAGAGUUUGAUCCAUCACGGUUUGAGAACCCAUCGAAACCAAUCCCUCCAUUUACUUAUCUUCCAUUUGGAGGAGGUCUCCACACUUGCAUAGGGAAUGAGUUUGCCAAAAUAGAAUUACUCAUUGUCAUCCACAACUUGGUGACAAAGUUUGAGUGGUCACAGCUGCACCCUGAGGAAGCAAUAACUCGUAACCCUGGGCCAUAUCCAUCCAUGGGUCUCCCAAUGAAGAUCAAACCAAGAAAGCUUUAG